AUGAAACAUACUUCUGCCACAGUGGACCAUAAAACGUCUUUGCCAUUGAAGCGCAUCAAAAUCAUGGCAAGCGCCACCAAGGAGGUUCUCGACGCAGCGGCAUCACUUCAGAACGGCAACCUCCUCAACAUACCACCAGAACUUCGACUCAUCAUCUACAAAGAGGUGUUCACCACAUUCAGCACCGACUUGGAGGACAUCUUCUCAGACGAGAGCCUGGGGCACCCAGCUCUACUGGGUACCUGCCGUCUUAUCAGAAACGAAGCACUCCAUUCAUACUUGCAUCACGUGUGCGAUCUGCUGGCGCAGACCUGGAAGCAACGUGGGCUUGCCCUUGAGCAGGCGCGUAAGGCAGCUGCACAACGAAACAACGAGCCGUUUGGCACCCAACGCUGGACUGAUCUAUUUCGCGAGGCGAGGGGGACAUAUGGCGAGGCCGACGCUAAGUGGAUUCUCUACUCCGGGGCAAAAUCGGCGCUACAUGCAGAGAUGACGAAGCGGCAAGCUGAUGGCUAUGACAUGAGAACGCCAACUUCUCAAGCUGCACACAUCAGAGCUUCAUACUUCAGCAAAGCACCCAUCACUGGAGGGUUGCCACCAGAGUUACGCCUCAUAAUCUACGACGAAGUACUCGCCACCUUCACCAUCACCAAGCAAAAGACUGAGGGAGAAGACACAAUCAAGCAGCCACCACUGCUCGACACGUGCUCUCUCAUCCGCAACGAGGCGUUUCAACCCUACUACACUCUCAUCGACAUGACCCUCGACAAAAUUUGGCAGAAGUGCGAGCUGCUGCAAGCACAAGCCGGUGCGCGUCACGACAAGGCAGCAGAGAUCGGAUUCACAGACCCGCGUGCCAAGGAGCUUGUCCAUCAAGUCGCAGAAGACUUGAAGACAUUUGAGAAGCAAUUAGAUCUGUUCGCCGCGACUAUGAAACUCGUCAUAGCUGACACGAAGGCAUGGGAAGAGCUCGGUGAUUACCACAAUAUCAGUAAGGCAUUGGCGGCCGCUAUCGCGGUCCGCUGA